AUGUCGGUCAUUGAUACACCCAUGAAUGCGGCGCACCAACAUGCGGCGAAUGCAGACGACUAUAUAGCGAAUGGGCUGAUAGUACUCGCGGCAGAAGAGCAUUUGAAGGCAGCAGAAGCUUACCAGGCCGCGAUUGAGAGGAGUCAUGACGAAUCGGCCCAGCGGACACUGCGGAUGCUCUACAACGAACACUGCAAGGCAGCCAAAGAUCUGCAACGCAAAAUCGAUAAGCUGAGAGAGGAAGGCAAAGACCCCGCACUCCCACAAAAACCAGACCUGCCGAAGCCUGCAUCACCGCGACGAAACUCUAGCCAAUACGCUGGACCCUCCAGGAUGAACACUUCAUCACCCCAGCCCACUGGUCGACCUUUAACUGAUUCCAACACUGGUGAUGAAUCUUUUAUGCUACUCGGCGGCCAACGGUCAGAUCCUGGAGAUGCUUUCAAUCAGUUUUGGAACAUUAUGCAGGGUAUGCUGGAUAAUCUUUCGCAACCAGUGGCAUUUGCCACUGUUCCUCUCGGCAAUCCCGAACUUCCUGACACGCCCUCAUCAAAUAAGAACAUUGUUGAAGGCCGGAGAGAUGGAAGUAUUAGCAGUGAUACAGAUGCAGAUGAACCUAUAUUUUCCAAAUUCACGAGAAAAAUUGGACUAAGUCGAGAAGGGAGCAGGGAGACGCGUAUACCUGCAAAGAGCAAUACCGGCCGCAAUACUGCGCCCAGCAGUUCAACAACCUCCUCGUAUGACGGAGACGACUUCGAGGAGGAUAAUGAUUUCUUUGAAGACGGUGAUGACCUAUCGGGAUCGUUCUUCUUCAUCCCAUCUGGGAACGAACAAACCCCCGCUGUGCUUAAGAAAGAGAAUGCCUCCCUCAAAGCCGAAAUCACGUCAAUGAAGAGUCGUCUGGAGACCGCCGAACAAAUACUUAAGCUCCGCAAGGAGCAAGAUCUCCAGCUACGCGACAGCAUAUUCAUGGCGACACGCGAGGCCCAGCGAGCGCUCGGCGCAUCAACCGUGCUUCAGCGACCCGUGCCCUCCCCAGCGCUGGAUUUUAACAAUCUCAACAUCAACGUCCCGGCGUUGCCAAUCCCCGGAAUGAAUACAGGCAGAGAGGCCCAGUACAUGCGACGAAUCAAGGAGCUCGAGGAGGAGCUCAGGCUCAUGCGAGUUGAGAAUGAUAAAAACAAACUAAUGAUUGCGAAGUUCCGCGAGAGGUGGGAAAAGCUGAAGGACUCUGCGAAGAGGAAGAAGGAAGCAAAGGCUGCUGCAGAGGCCGCCACUGGAGUGAGAGAACGCAUUAUCGAAGAGCCAGAAGCAGAGGAGGAGCUAGACGACGCAAAAACACGCUGA